AUGGCGGGGCUCGGUACGGUGCGGUGCUUAUUUCGAAGCUACUCUCGAGUGAAAAAUGCUCAGAGGAGCCACCAAAUGUUGGUCAGAUGCAGCGGCAGGACGCUUUGUAGCGGGACACAAGAUACCGCCCCCUCAGACCAUGCAAAGCCCCAGUACACAGAUCCAGCCGUGCAGGACAUUCUCACCAGGAUAACAGGCCUGGACCUGCAGAAAGUGUUCCGGCCCAUUAAAGAGGAGCUGACGCCGCCCACUUACAAACUCAUGACCGAUGAUCAGCUGGCGCAGGCGGUGGAGUUAGCCACAGAGCAGGCUCAGAAGCUGCUCCAGAUGCCCCCUGUCUUACCAGAGAGGAAGCCCAUCGACGAUGUGCUGUCAGAGGACAAGAUCCUGGACGGCAUGAGCAAAGCCAAAUACGUCUUCACUGAUAUCACCUUCAACAUCCCACACAGGGAGAGGUUCAUUGUUGUACGAGAACCCAACGGGACUCUUAGGAAAGCAAACUGGGAGGAGAGAGACCGGCUCAUUCAGGUCUAUUUCCCCAAGGAAGGCCGCAAAAUCACACCACCUCUCAUCUUCAAGGAGGAGAACCUCAAGAUGGUGUUUUCUCAGGACCGGCAUGAAGACGUGUUGAACCUGUGUCUGGUCCAAUUUGAACCCGACUCUCCAGAAUACAUCAGGGUGCAUGCAGCUACUUACGAAGAUUUGGACAAGCAUGGCAAAUAUGAGCUGCUGUCCUCCACCAGACACUUUGGGGGCAUGGCCUGGUACCUAGUGAACGCUCGCAGGGUGGACGGGCUCGUUGUGGACAUGCUGAAGAGAGAGCGGUUCCAGGAUGCAGUGAGCCUUGUGUCCUUGUUCCACAUGGCUCACCCUCACAGUGAGUCAGCCCAGGAAGCUGCCAGCCAGCAAGCCACUGGCACUGACCUACUGAAGAUCUAUGCCCAGAAGGAGUCGCAGAGGUCGGGCUACAUCGAGCUGGCCCUGCAGGCGUAUGAACAGACUGCUGCUAACAGCUCGGCCGUCUGACUGGACCUCUCUUAAAUACAGAUAUGCAAAUCCAUCCAUGACGAGGAACUACACCUACAACCAGAAAGGACAGCGUGAAAUUUGCCUCCCAUAUCUGAAAUACGAUAGCAUUCACUUCUGUCACUGUUUGGGAUGAAGAAAAAAAAAAGUGCUUCAUUAGUGAGAGAAUGCCACUUCACAGCAGUCAGUUUGAACAAUUUACAUGGAAACCUGUUAUAUGGAGAGAAAUGAUCUUCUUAUGUAUUCUACUCGGAGCUCCGCGUCAAAGCAAAUGUGUCAAGUUAAAGAUGUACAUAACAAAAUAAAAAAAAUCGUUUGUA